AAACAAAAGAAAUAUUAGUCAACAAGUCAACAUAGUCAUUUACAGUGAUAAUUGCUAAGUAAUAGCAUCGUCAUAUGCGGGUGAUUUCAGCAGCAAACAGUAGAUUUAAAUUUUAAUAAUAAGGUAAUAGUGAUAAGAAGUAACUAAAUCAAAAAUAAUUUUAAAAUGGAAGGUGGACCAAAUAUUCAAGAAAAGGAGGAUGAACCUGCAGCUCCGCGGGGGUGUUUUAAUUUCCUUUGUCACCCCUUAGGUUCUGGCCAUAGAUUUAUAGCUUUAAUAUUCAUGUGUUUCCUAAGUUUUGGUUCCUAUUUUUGUUAUGAUAACCCUGCUGCCUUACAAGAUAAAAUAAAAGACAACCUAGAUUUAUCUGAGGUACAAUAUACCUCUUUAUAUUCAGUAUAUUCUUGGCCGAAUGUUGUAUUGAAUAUUAUUGGAGGUUUCCUUAUAGAUCGGGUAUUUGGUAUAAGACUGGGAACAAUUGUCUACAUGAGUUUAACUCUUCUCGGACAAUUAAUUUUUGCUACAGCUGUAACAACGGGUCAAUAUUGGAUGAUGCUGAUCGGGCGAUUCGUUUUUGGAAUCGGCGCAGAAUCCCUGACAGUCGCUCAAAAUAAUUACGCCGUGCUAUGGUUCAAAGGAAAAGAACUCAAUAUGGUUUUCGGACUUCAACUCAGUUUUGCUAGGGUUGGCAGUACAGUGAACUUCUUAGUGAUGGAAAGCUUGUACUCUGCUGUUUCCAAAAUAACUUCAGACGGGCACUACAUUUUAGGAAUUGUGCUUUAUAUCGCUGCCUGUACUUGUAUCGUAUCAAUGAUAUGUGCUCUUGUGAUGGCAAUUUUUGACAAACGCUCCGAAAGCAUUUUGGGUCGAAAUAAUAAUCCAUCUGGCGAAACGGUAAAAUUGACGGACGUUAAGGACUUCUCGCUGUCUUUUUGGCUCGUUUGCGUCAUCUGCGUAACGUUUUACUGCGCCAUCUUCCCAUUCAUAUCAAUAGCAAAGCAAUUCUUCGAAGUUCGGUUUGGUAUGACUUCAGAACAAGCAAACGAUAUAAGCAGUAUUGUAUACGUUAUCUCCGGUGUUGCCUCGCCGAUUUUAGGUUUUCUAGUCGAUAAAACAGGUAUGAAUGUAUAUUGGAUAUUACUGGGGGUUUCUGGGACAACUCUAGCACACGUUCUGCUCGGAUUUACCACCGCUAAUCCUUAUCUUGCUAUAGCCAUCAUGGGCUUGGCGUACUCAAUUUUAGCCAGUAGUCUGUGGCCCUUGGUAUCCUUGAUUAUACCCGAGUACCAACUUGGAACUUCAUAUGGAGUAGCUGGUUCGAUUCAAAAUCUAGGAUUGGCACUCUUUAACAUAUUUUGUGGCCUAAUAAUUGACAAGUUUGGAUAUACCGGCGUAGAAAUAUUUUUCAUAACUAGUUUAAUAGCGGCGUUUAUUUCCUCGGUGGGACUCUUAUUACUGGAUAGAAUUGAUAAUGGAAUACUAAACAAGACGCCUGCAGCAAGGUCAAGGCAUCAUAUGAUACACGGAGACACUCAAAGGUUGGUAGAUCCAGACGCAGAAGCAACAGCAAAUUCCUCAGACCACCAUGAACCUUCAGACUUCGAUAUACGCAAUAGCUCCCCUCAGCUUAUGACAUAGAUGUCAAAGGAAUCUAGCUCAUAUUGAAUUUUACAAUUAAUUACUUUUUUAUUUUAACUUUAGACACUACUAGAACUUCAAUUUAUUUGCUCAAAAGUUCUUGCAAAUAGUUCAAUUUUUAAAAUAGAGGUACCUUUCGUACAGGUUUAUUGCAAAUUUUAUUAUACACUGUGUACAAAAAGUAAUGUAUCAAAUCCUUUACUUUAAAUCCGUUGCACGUCUUUCAAUUUGACCUAUUUUCUAUUAUAGUAAAGAAUUAUUAUGUUGUUAUUUAUUUGAUAUUAAACUACGUUACUUAUUGUAAAUACAGUGAUUGUUACCUCUGUGUUAGUAGCUGGUUUCAAACUAAUAAUUUGUCACUGAAUUUAUUGGCAAUGGUACUUUUGAAGAUUUUUUAUUAAUAAUUAAGGGAUUAUCUGUAAUUUGAAUAUAUUUUUCUAUGUAAUUUAGUUUUAUUUAAUGAGAUAAAGGAACUUCUGUUACGUUUAUUAUAUAAACUUAUAUUUGAAUUUAGUAUGCAUGCUUCUUCUGAGAGCCUUAUUUCAGUUGCGACGGAUUGUUGUCUUUUGAACGUGACCAGAAUUAAUGCAUGUAAUUUGAUAUAUUUGACAGUUGCUAAGAUUGUAUUAGUCAAAUGUGCAAAUAUUAUAAAAUUAACGUGGUAUUUUAUUUGAAUUUCGAUUAAAAAACAAAACUUACUGUUUUAUAGUUUAACUUUCUACCUUACAAAGAGAAAAUUAACCACGCUUAAGAUAUAUAAAAGCCCUUAACGACCGGUUACUGGUAUAAAUAAGUAUUUUUCUUGGGGGUUUAGGUUCAAUAAAUAUUAAAUGGAUAAUAAAUAAAUAUAUAUAUAUAUAUAUAUAUAUAUAUAUAUAUAUAUAUAUAUAUAUAUAUAAUGUUUGUUAUAUUUAAUUGUUGUUCUCUUUUCACAAUACCUUAACAUAUUUUAAGAUUAAGGUAACAACCUUAAUAACAACAAGUAAACAAACAAAUACAAACAAAUAUUUUCUGGUUAUGACGAAAAAACACAUUUUAUGUAGCCCUGCACAUUUGACAUAUUGAUGGGCGUAUUAAAAAUGCCAACUAAUUAAAUAUCUGUAUAUAAAUAUGCAUUCUAAAUAAAUGAGUAUGUAAAUGAUAAAUUCUGUUGAUUUUCUGAGAAAUAAUUAUCAACAUACAUUUUUUUUUGUCGCUUUCGUGUACACGUACUAGAAAGAAAUAGAGCACUGAAAAAAAGGCAAUGAGAAGAACUAUACUUAUUGUUUAAUCAUUUUCAUUCGAAAUAAAGUGAAAAGUCAUUGAUGGUCUAUUUAGUUUUUGGAUAGUUAUGUACAUUAUUUAUAAAUUCCUAAAAAAAUUUUAUUCAUAAUAUCUUUAUAUUCCCUUUAAUCUUUCGAGCGUUAUGACUUGUGAUGUUUAACUUUCACAAUACGUUUUGUAUGGUCUUUUUCUGUUUUCAUAUCGUGAAUACCAAAUGGGUUUUCGUCGUGUCUAUGUGUUUUUUCUAUCACGUCUUCUUCUUGGCGUGCCUUUCCGUGAUGAAUGUUGUACAUAUGUUGUGUUAAACCCGGUUCUGAGGUUCUUUAACCAAGAUGUUUUUCUUUCUGGACCCCGCUUUCCAAAUAUUUUCCCUCUAGGAUGGCUUGUAGGAGUGCAUAACUGGAUUCUUUUCUCAUAAUAUAUCCGAAGUACUGAAGCUUUUGAGAUUUGAUGGAGGUCAGUACCUCUUAGUUCUUCUUUAUAUUCUUCUGAAGACCUUCCCAUUUGUAACUCGAUCAGUUCACAGGAUCUUAAGUAUUCUUCGAUAUAACCACAUCUCAAAUGCUUCCAAUCUUCUGCACAUAUCAAAAUAGAGAAGACGAAGGAACGGAUCACGUAGAUGCUGCAAAUUGAUAUCGUAAGGCAAUAAUUAUGGUUUCUAUUUCACUUCCUCUAAAUUUACCUAUUCAUAAUUCUUUAGAAAAAAAAGGAAUUUUUUGCUUUAGACCAACGCUAUUCUGUUUGUACUUUUCCUGUGGCUCUUGUUGUUUUUGUUCUUGUUGUCUUUAUUUUUUGUAUGUCUUUCUUAGUCGGAAUAUAUUUUUGCCCGAUAUUGUUAGUUUGUACUUGCUGUUAUUGUUCUUAGGCUUUCCCUAUUGUUCUUGUUGUUUUUAGGUUUCUUCUAUACCAUGUUUUGGACAUAUUUUCAACGUUCAUAUUACGUCUUUUCUGGUUUUACUGGUGAUUUUUCUGUCAUACCGUUUAGACCGUUUUAUGGUGAAUAUAUGACAUAUAUGCCUCAAAUUAAUUAUAUAAGGCAACGAUUUUUAUUUCUUCUGUAUUUUCUCUUAUGUUCCAUAUUCAGAAUUCUCUCCAAGAAUGAUACUGGCAUUGUUCGCCAUUAACUGUUAAUCAAACGCAUUUUGCUUGUCUUACUUGUUAUUGUCCUUGUUAUUUUUGUCCUUGUUUUUGCGCUUUAUUUAUUCUUCUCGUUGAUUUUUAUGUAUUCUCUCCCAUCUUUGGGUGUUAUAUCAAACUUUCACACUUCAUUUUGUCUACCCUUCCUGACGUUGUUCUGUUUGUCAGGUAUACGUAUUUUUAUCCAUAUGGUAAAUCUAUAACGUAGAUGUUACAAAUGGCAAUUGUUGUUCCUUCUUUGUUUCGAAUGUUCCACGUGUCUCGAAUGAUUCCAAUGUAAGUAUUGAUAUUUUGUUGAGUCUCCAUUCUACUUUUUUAACAAUUAAUUAUGCGAAUUUUACUUACAAGUAAUAAUUCUUACUUGUAAUUGGUAUUUAUGUCCUUGUCUUUAUUUUUUCGUGUUGGGUCUUAUUGUUUUUGUGAUUUAUUUAAUUUUCUUGUUAUUUUGCGCUUAUUCUUGAGAUUUAUAUAAUCUUCUUCGUUCUUGAUAUACUUAUGCUGAUUUUGUUAUUUUUACGUUUGUUCUUGUUGUUUGUGCGCAGUUUUUUCGCCUUCAUUUAUUGUUGGCUAUUUGUUAUUAUUAUGUUUAUAUUUAUUCUUUUUAUUUUGAGUUUGUUAUAGUUUUUGCGCCAAUUCCUGCUGUUUUUUGUUUUUCUCAUUCAUGGUUUUUGUCCUGUAGGUUUUUCUUAUUCUUAAUAUUUUUGUUGACAUCUUAUCAUUUUUGCACUUAUUUUUGUUUUUUGUUUUGUUAUUUGUGUUUGUGUCUUUGUUAUUAUAGUUUUGUCUACAUAUAAUAUAUAUAUAUAUAUAUAUAUAUAUAUAUAUAUAUAUAUAUAUAUAUAUAUAUAUAUAUAUAAUAUAUAUAUAUAUAUAUAUAUAUAGACAAAUACAUAGAAAAUAUAUAUAAUAUAUAUUUUCCUAUUUCUAUUUACUUUUUGGUUUCUGUUCUGGAUAUUCCGUUGUGAAAUAAUUUGUUAAUUGCAUUUAUUAAUUAGAUAAUAGGUUUUCUUCAGCAUUCUCUAUAAUCUUUUUAGUUGUGCACUGUCAAAAGCUCCUCAUAUUUCCAUCUAUAAUUAUUAUUGAUUCACUCCUUGGUUUAUGACAAUAAUAUUUUAAUAUAUCUUAAAGCAAUAAACACAAAUAACUGAUUGAUUUCAGUUAAAUAUAUUGUCAAUUAUUUAUAAGUUUAUGUUAGUUUUUUGUUUGUAAAGUAUUAACAUGUAGCAUUAUAAUUGAAUAAUUAAUAAAAAUGCAGUUAAUAUUUUUUAUCUUGAUGUUCUGUAUCCGUAUCUUAUUUGUAAAGCUUUAUAUACAUCAAAUAUGUUGUCUAUUCUUCAUUAUUUAGCUAUUUUAGCUGCAAGUCUUCAUCAUUAAUCAGAGGGUUGCCUAUGUGAAUGUUGAGUGUUAUUUUGUAAAUGUGUGUGUGUGUUCCUAUUAAAAUUUGAUGUUCCCCUUGUUUUUUUUCUUAUAAUUUCAUCAUGCUAAUGUAAAAUUUUUUAAGUUUUUUUUUCUGUAGGUUUCUUCUAUUAUUUUUAGCUAUAUUUUAACCAUUUUAAAAACCAGUUUAUCUAUAUCUAUUUCUUAUCAAAUCUAGCUUGUGUCUUUUAUUUGUUACAUUAACAUUUAUUUUCAAAUUACACGGCAAAAAAGUUGACAUAUUAUCAGAUAUUUACUUGUUAACGGUUGUUUACUUUGUUUAUAUUAUAAUAUUAUAAUGACUUCUGAUAUAAUGGUUUAUAUUACAACUGUAUCCAACAGUAAAGUUAAAAUUGUUAAUAUAUAUCUCGAAUAUUCCAAAAUAAUAGCCCUUCCAAUAUACCAGUUCACUAGUUCAGUUCUCUAUCCAACUCACUAAUUUUUUAAACGUUACUUAUAAAUCCUUAACAAUUUUAAUCUUAUCGCGAUUUAUUAAACGUGCCGUGUGCAUAUCAGGACUCUUUUUUAUUUUCUCAAGGCUUCUUACCUUUUCUGCCUAUAGCCAAAUUUGCCGUUUAUAAAAAUUUCCACUAUUAUUUCUCUGUCAGACUGAACAUCAAAAUCAGUAAUGUUGCUGUUCAAUUAGUUUUUAAACUCGACAUUAUUGCUGUUUAUUUAUGCUCAAGCAAAAAUUGAAGCUAGAGUUCAAUGGUGAAAAAUUAAUUGAGUGGUGUAUCAUAUUACCGCUUCUAUACUUUGGACAUGCUAUUAAUACAUUUGUGAAUUGUUUUUAGUGUAUAAUUACAAAUUCAACAAUGCUUUCAGAUAUAAUUAAAAAUAAUAUUAUCUUCUGAACUUUGAAUAGUUAUUAUUUUCAGAAGUUUUAAUGUCGAGUUUUUAUAUAAAAGUUACCAAUUUAAAAAAAAUCGACUGAAUCGUAUACACUAGGUUAAAAGUAUUGAUAAAACAAAUUAUUUUAUAUAUUUAAUAAUUUUAGUAUAUACAAAGAAUAUACAAAAGUGCGCAAUAAGAACAUAAAUAAUUAUAUAACAUUGAAGCAUCUCGACGUUAUCACUAUCACCGAGAUGUGGUUUUCUUUCAGCGUACAAAAUAAUUUUUACGGCAUUUAGAAAAAUCUAGAACUUCACAUAUAUUCGAAAAGCAGCAUCGCAAAUCGAUUCAAUGAAUAUUCUGCUCAUUAUAGCUGUUAACGCUGUUGUAAAACUUGUUUAUAAAUAUUUAUCAACUUUUGUUGUUCUUAUUGUUACUUGUUUGUAAUUUAGUUUAGUGAUAUUAUAUAUUGAGGUGAUAUUUUAACAAGAUUUUAUGUAUUUAGUAUCCUUAUAUUUAUUAAAAAUAAUCGAUUUU